AUGGCCCCGCCCUCUCCGAAUCAGCUUGGCGAGCCGACGGUCGAUGUCGACGUCCUCAUGGCGGCGCCCGCCGCGGACUGCCUUGGUCAAGCGGUGGAUGAGGUGGACCAAGUCGACGUUGACGUGGACGGGGUGGGCUUUCCUGGUGGCUGGUCGAGGAACGGACAUCGUCGGGGCGAUCGUGCAGACUUUGCAAACGAAGUGAUCCGCGCCGUUAGGGCGCACACGAUGCUUCUGAGCUGCGGCAGGGCCUUCCGAGGUUUCAUGACAAACCGGAUUGAUGAGUUUUGGUCCCACAGCUGGCACACGUCUCCGUGGGCGAAGGUUUCCACCCUGUGGUUUGUUAACAAUGGAUACGCAGCAGCAGCGUUUGGCUUGAUCUCUGCGGUGAUCGCUUUCGUUUUCGGUCUCUUCGAGGUACUACCGUUGCGGCUGGCGGAAGGGGUUCGCUAUCCCUGGUGUGCGCUGUUUGGGGCCCUCGGCUACUACCUGACGCUGCUGCUGUGGCGGCGCCGCAAGAAGGUCUUCGUGGACAUCGUUUGUAUCGAUCAGAACGAUGCGAAGUUUACAGCCAUGGCGCUCCUGAGUCUCCCUGCUAUCCUGCAGAGGUCGGAGGGCAUGCUGGUGGUCUGGGACUCGACGUGGGCCAGCCGAUUGUGGUGUGUGUUCGAGCUGGCGGCCUUUAUCCACAGCCGUCGCACUGGAGAGAAGAUGCACCUGCUCAUACGUCCAAUAGUUAUGGGGCCCGCACUUGUGUCAAUGACCUGUGGCUUAGUCGUGGCGACCGUGGCCUUUUCCAGCAACUUCGUGGAAGGCCACAUCAGCUGGCAAAGAACUCUGGGCAUCGUUAUGAUUGUGUCCGCUUUGUGCCUACUGUUCUGCGCACACAAUGUCCGUGUCUUCUGCCGAAAUAUCGACAACCUUCAAAAGCAGCUCGUGGACUUUCGUGUUGAAAAUGCGAGAUGUAGCUGCUGCGACCGCUGCGAUGCGAACCACAUCGACCGUGCCACGGGUGAGCCCCUGCGUUGCGACCGGAAAAUUCUGACGGAAGUGAUCACCACCUGGUUCGGCAGCAUUGAAAGCUUCGAACGCCAAGUACAGGGGCAAGUGAGGACUAUACUGCUGCGCCAGCUUGUAAGCACGCGCUUCAUUUACUGCCAUGUAUGCGCCGGCGCAAGCGGCUUGCUUGAAAGGUUGCGUCUUGUGGUACUACCUGGACCUCGCUCUAUGGGACGCGGCCUAUGGAAGUGCAUCUAUCAGUCGCGGGCUCUUGACCGGAUUGCGAGCUUUGGUGUGGUGGCUGGCUCUCGAACCGACCCUUGUCAUUUUCUCCAUUGCUGUGUGCUGGCUGCUGCGCAAGCGCUGCAGCAAAUAUCUUGUAGUCGACAUCCUCCUCACUGUCAGCACCAUGAUCGUGCCUGGGAUUGCCUUGAUCUGCUUGGUCUUAUUGGAGCGCCUGCUGAGACCCGGCAUUUCACUGCUCGGUGGCCUGACCUUUGCGGCCGCGAUGGCCAUCAUCGUGGCGGUUUCGUGGAACCUUGUGUGCAGGUGCUUUCCCCGCUGAAGUAG